UACAUUAUAAUGUCAUUCAUAGGUGUGCAAUUUGAAGAGGGAGAAACUAUCGCAAUUGUGAAUAAAAGUUGGUUGACGCCAAGAAAGCAGGAGGUGUUUUGGCCACCUUACAGAACACAAGAACAAUACUAUCGUUCUUUAAAAAACCACGAAGCACCAUCCGAAACCACUUGGAAAUUAUAUAAAGUUUCACGUAUUUUUUUUGAAGAGGAUGAUUAUGAGAAAGCUUUACAAAAAAUUAAAUUAACAGAAGUGACGUCUGAUGUACAAACAGAUAAUGAAACAGCGAAAAGGAAAAGGAAAGCUCCAAGACGGUUAUUGACGUCUUCCGAGCACUCUUCAGAGUCGGGAUCAGAAGAGGACAAAUUGCCCAGGAGGUUCCCUCGUCCGAAAUCGUCAAAUCUUGAAUCUCAGUCCAGUUUUAUACGCGAAGAACAACAACGGAAUACAUCUCCUUCAUCUGCGGGAACUACUCGUUGCAAUACACCUCGCAAUACGCCUACUUCUAGCGCUACUAGGAAUGAUUUUGAGGAUAAGUUACUAAGAUUAGUUUUGCAUGUGAAGCACCAGAACCAACAAAUUUUGUCGUGGAUACAGUGCCAACAAUCGCCAUCAGCCCCAUCUGCAGUUCCUUGCUCCCUACCAGCAAAUGUACCUAUAAACUUCCCGAUAAGCACAUUUAAUGAUUUUAACAUCUUUGAGGAGUAUUUACGAGAAACUACUAAUUUAGAAGCUGUUGUAAGUAACACAAUUUGUUAG